GUAACUCACCUUUUGAUGUUUCUGUAGUGGCUUUUGUAACUAACUUCAGUCUUUGUAACUUAGUUUUCCGUUUCACUGAUAUUUCAAAGGAAAACUUAGAAUAAUAGUAAACGACGUCUUUAAAUUUCGCUACAACCAACUGUGAACUUUGAAGUUGAAAAUGCCCACAAGAGAUUAUGUGGAUGACAAAGAAAAAAUCAAGACAUUUCUAGCAGAGUUUUAUACAGAAGGAGAAAAGGGAAAAAAAGACUUUAAGUAUGGAAGACAGUUGAUUAAGCUAGCUCACAGAGAACAAGUGUCUUUGACCAUUGACCUCGAUGAUGUGAAUGAUCAUGACCCUGAGUUGGCAGAUGCCAUAACAGAAAAUGCUCGGCGAUAUUCCAGUCUGUUUGCUGAUGCAGUAUAUGAUAUGCUUCCUGACUAUAAAGAAAAAGAGGUCAUAGCUAAAGACUCACUUGAUGUUUACAUUGAACAUCGAAUUCUAAUGGAGCAACGGAAUCACAAACCUGGAGAGACUCGAGAUCCUCGAAACAAAUAUCCUCCAGAGCUUAUCAGGAGAUAUGAAGUCUAUUUCAAAAGUCCGUCUCAGCAAAAACACCUUUCCAUACGUCAUGUGAAAGCUCGACACAUAGGGAAAUUGGUGUUAGUGAAAGGCAUUGUUACUAGAGCAACAGAAGUUAAACCAGUGAUGUCUGUUGCAACAUAUACCUGUGACCAAUGUGGAGCAGAAACAUACCAGCCUAUAACAGGUCCUUCAUUCAUGCCACUAAUCAUGUGCCCUAGCCAGGAUUGUAGUGUUAACAAAUCAGGAGGGAGACUCUACCUUCAGACUCGAGGUUCAAAGUUUAUGAAGUUUCAAGAAGUUAAGAUUCAAGAACAUAGUGACCAGGUUCCAGUGGGCAACAUACCUCGUUCAAUGACUGUCUAUGCUCGUGGUGAGCUGACCCGACAAGUGUUCCCUGGUGACCAUGUUAGUAUUACUGGUAUUUUUCUUCCAAUGGUGAAGGCAGGCUUUCGACAACUUUCAGCUGGUCUCUUGUCAGAUACUUAUUUAGAAGCACAUAGAUUAGUGAAGAUGAACAAAACUGAAGAUGACGAGCUUGGAGGAGAACUUUCUGAAGAAGAAGUCAAACUUCUUGCAGAGGAUGACUUUUACGACAAGUUAGCUUGCAGUAUUGCCCCAGAAAUCUAUGGUCACGAAGAUGUGAAAAAAGCACUACUUUUACUGCUUGUGGGAGGUGUGGACAAAAAUCCCACUGGAAUGAAAAUAAGAGGAACUAUCAACAUCUGUUUGAUGGGUGACCCUGGUGUUGCUAAGUCUCAGUUGCUAUCAUACAUUGACAGGCUUGCUCCUCGAAGCCAAUAUACCACGGGGCGUGGGUCAUCAGGUGUUGGGCUCACAGCUGCAGUCAUGAAGGAUCCUCUCACAGGAGAAAUGACCCUAGAAGGAGGGGCACUGGUUUUGGCUGAUCAGGGUAUAUGCUGUAUUGAUGAGUUUGAUAAAAUGUUAGACGCAGACAGAACUGCUAUUCAUGAAGUCAUGGAGCAACAGACAAUAUCUAUUGCUAAGGCUGGUAUCAUGACUACUCUUAAUGCCCGUGUAUCAAUACUAGCAGCUGCUAAUCCUGCCUAUGGACGAUACAACCCCAAAAAAUCAGUGGAACAAAACAUCCAGCUUCCUGCGGCUCUGUUGUCCAGAUUUGAUCUGUUAUGGUUAAUCCAAGAUAAACCAGACAGGGAAAAUGAUUUGAGAUUAGCCCAACACAUUACUUAUGUCCACCAACACUGUGCUGAACCACCUACUCAGUUCAAACCUUUAGACAUGAAAGUAAUGAGACGGUAUAUAACUCUGUGUAAGAGGAAGAACCCUGUUAUUCCAGAAGCCUUGACAGAUUAUAUUGUUGGAGCUUACGUUGAGUUGCGGAAGGAAGCUCGCAAUAAUAAGGACAUGACCUUCACUUCGGCCCGAACUUUGCUUGGAGUCUUGCGCCUUGCUACUGCUUUGGCUAAACUUCGACUUGCAGAGGUGGUUGAAAAAGAAGAUGUAAAUGAAGCUAUGAGACUCAUGGAAAUGUCUAAAGACUCAUUGAACUACCAUAGAGAGACAACUGGAAGAAUUCAGACUGUCACAGAUCAGAUCUUUGCUGUCAUCAGAGACAUGAUGUCUGAGACAGGUGGUAAGACUGUCAAGAUGACUGAUGCCUUAGAACGCUGCACAUCAAGGGGGUACAAGCCAGACCAGAUUGAUGAAGCUAUAGAAGAAUAUGAAGAACUGAAUGUUUGGCAAGUCAACCAGGCUAGGACCAAAAUUACUUUCAUUUGAUAAAAAAAUAAUCUUCUGUUUUAAAAUAUUGUCUUCUGAAAUUACAUUUAUUAAUAAUCUUGAAUUUUUUUAUACAAAGUGCUUGUUUGAGUUUUAUAUGAUGUGCAUUUAAUGAAGUUUUAAAAUGUAAAAUGCCGAGUUUGAAUAAACUAGACACAAAAACCAUUUUAACUCGUAUUUGAAACUGAUAUUGACUACAAUUUUUGAGAGAUGGUUUUUUUUUGUUUCUCCAAUGGGAAAUCAAAUUUUAAGCUUUUCAUCUAUUGCUUAUAUUUAUUUUUCAACUUUGUUAAAAUUUGAUUAUAUAAAGAAGUGUUUGUACUUUUGCAAUAAAUAGUGACAACAAACUUCAACAGUAAACUUAAAAGAUUUUGUAAUACUUUCUUUGAUUUUAACAUUGUUUCCAGCUAUUUGUAUUUUUAAGGUGAGUGAAAGUUGGGUUAUAAAAUUUAAGUAAGUCUGAUAUUAAAUACUUUUAUGAAAAAAGCCAUGUGAGAAUUAACACUAGUUUCUGAUCAAAUCAAGCUAUCUA